AUGACUGACAACAACAAAGGCUGCAAGAUCACGCUCUACUGGCUCGAGCAAUCUAGAAGUCACCGCAUUCUCUGGCUACUCGAGGAGCUCCAGUUGAAAUAUGAGCUAAAGACCUUCAAGCGUCGUGCCGACAGGCUGGCUCCAGCCGAGCUCAAGGAGGUGCACCCUCUGGGCAAGUCCCCCGUCAUUACGAUCGAAGCCCCAGGAGCAGAGAAGCCGCUGGUACUGGCCGAGUCUGGCGCCAUCGUAGAGUAUCUCUGCGACCACUUUGGCAGCGUGCGACCAACACUCGUGCCGGAACGCUAUCAACCAGGCCGCGAGGGCCAAGUCGGCGGAGAGCGCGAGGAGUGGAUCCGGUACCGCUACUUCAUGCACUACGUGGAAGGCACCCUGAUGCCAUUCUUGGUGAUGACUCUGGUCAACGAUACCAUCCGCAACUCCCCUCCCUUCUUCGUUCGCCCAAUUACCGGCAUCGUGGCUUCGCAGGUCGAGGCGGCUUUCCUGACUCGUAAUAUCGAGGGUAAUCUCGCUUUCCUGGAGCAGCAGCUGCAGACGGCUCCGGAUGGCGGCCCUUAUCUUUGCGGGAAGGAUCUGACUGCAGCCGACAUUCUGAUGAGUUUCCCACUCAUCGCAGCUAGCGGCCGGGUUUUGAAGGACAAGAAGCAGAAGGACAAGUAUCCCCUGCUGGCGGCCUAUGCUAAACGUCUGGAGGAGGCUGACGGUUACAAGAAGGCCGUUGUAAAGAUUGAGCAGAUCGAGGGACAUUUCUCGGCUUCUAUGUAA